GGUGCACAUCGUUGAGGAAUAUCCGAGAUAACGAGGAGAAGGACUCGGCCUUCAGGGGGAUCUGCGUGAUGAUCGGUGUGAACCCUGCAGGCGUGGUGCAGGACUUCAUUUUCUUCUGUGACGCUGUGGCCACCUGGGUCAACCCUAAGGACGACCUGAGAGACAUGUUUUAUAAGCUGAGUUCAUGCCCAUCCUGGGACUCAACCUGAACCCAGAGUUUAUCUCGGUGUGUAACAACGCCACCUGGGCCAUUGGAGAGAUCGCCAUGCAAAUGGGUGCAGAGAUGCAGCUGUACGUGGGUGUGGUUCUGCCAAACCUGGUGGAGAUCAUCAACAGACCCAACACACCCAAGACUUUGCUGGAAAACACAGCCAUUACCAUCGGCAGACUGGGUUACGUCUGUCCCCAGGAGGUGGCGCCACAGCUGCAGCAGUUCAUCAGACCAUGGUGCACAUCGUUGAGGAAUAUCCGAGAUAACGAGGAGAAGGACUCGGCCUUCAGGGGGAUCUGCGUGAUGAUCGGUGUGAACCCUGCAGGCGUGGUGCAGGACUUCAUUUUCUUCUGUGACGCUGUGGCCUCCUGGGUCAACCCUAAGGACGACCUGAGAGACAUGUUUUAUAAGAUCUUGCAUGGCUUCAAGGACCAGGUGGGGGAGGAGAACUGGCAGCAGUUCUCAGAGCAGUUCCCACCUCUGCUGAAGGAGCGGAAAUGCAGGAAAUGUGCACAAAUAGUUUGCACCUUUUUCCAAGAAAUUGCAUAAACCAUUUGGUGUGCAUAUACAUGGGUCUUCUCUUUUCACAUGUACAUUUAGCUGAAUUUAAUUUCCUUCCUCUUCCCUCAGUUACUGAGUUCCUCUCCAAUCAUAGGCCUCUUGUUUUCCUCUUCGUUUGAGGCUAAAGAAGACGCAGUAGGACUAAGGUUUUACCACCGCAGUACCAAGCUAUUGCAUGGCAUAUGAUCACCUCUUAAGUGACGCAUGUUUAAGUGAAUGUUGGUCUUGUUGCUCACUUGAUUUAUUAUUUGGUUGUUUUUAAAACAAAUUAUUUUGAUGCACAUGUGACAGUUUUGUUUUUAUUAAUUAAUUUUGUUUCUGAUUUUGUUUUUUGUGCCCCAGUGCAUACAUUUAUUUUUUACUUUAAAUGUUUUUAUUUUUUAUUUAAAGAAUAAUUUGUUUUCGUUGUUUUAUAGCGGACCAUUUGAUUAUGUUGUGGUUGGACUGAAGGAGGGUCGGUGCUUGCUAUGCUUGGUGCAUACCUUAGGGAAGAAUGUGGAAAAACUAAUUCAUAACUUUUUUUUCAAUCUGAUAUCAAGGCUGGUAAUUGAAUUCAAUGUAGUACCUUAUUUUUUGCUCAACUGUGGUGCAGAUGGGAUGUUAUCCAACGUAUCUUUUUAUUUAAUUUUCUGUGAAUAGGGGGAAAUAAAUUGUUUCCUAAUAAGA